GUUGAAGCAUUAUUACAACAUGGUAUUGUUUUAUCUGAAUUAAAUAGACAUAAUGUAGCUAUUGAAGAUUAUAAAAAAGCUUUAACACUCAGUAUUAAACCAUCACAACAGUCAGAUAUUUGUUUUCGAUAUGGUCUUAGUGAAUAUGCUUUAAAUAAUAAAGAACAAGCAUUUUAUUGGUUAUCACGUGCUAUUACAUUUCAUCCUUAUCAUGCUCAAGCAUAUUAUCAUUUAGCUAUGAUACAAACAGAAAAAGGACAAUAUAAAGAAGCUUUUAAAUUAAUAAAUCGUGCAUAUGAAUUAUCUCCUCAACAAAGUGAUAUUCUAUUUCAACGAGCUACUAUUAAUGAACAUCUUGGUAAACUUAAUAAUGCUGCACAUGAUCGAAAACGUGCAAUACAACUUAAUAAAUCUGAUAUAUCUAUAAUAACAAUGCUUGCAAAACGUAUAAAAAUCUUACGUGAAGAAAUUAAAAAUAAAGAUUCAUCACCACGUACUCAUCUUGAAUUAGCUAUGGCAUUUGAUGGAUUAAUUAAUCGAAAGAAAAAUUUAAAAACAAAAUUAAUAAAUUAUGAACAAGCUAUUCUUGAAUAUUGUGCUACAAUUGAAAUUGAUACAAAAAAUUUAUAUCCACAAGCACAUGCACUUAUGAUACUUUGUCAUUUAAAAAUGAAUAAUUUUAUACAAGCACAUGAAUUACAUUUAAAAUUUUAUAAUAUAUUAUCUAAAUAUAAAGAUGCUGUAUAUCAUUGGAAAACAUAUCUUUUAGAUAUAAAAAAUAAAAUGGAAUUAGAUAAACUUGAACCAUAUUUAGAUUCAAAUUCUGUUAGUAAAUUAAUUCGUAUGGAAACAAAUCGAAGAAAACAAAAUAUUGAUGAAGAAACAUUACAAAAUGAUACUGAAGAUAAAUAUAAAAAUCAAUUAAUAUUCUAUCAACGAUUACGUAUUGAUCUAUCAAAUAUACUUGUAGCUAUAGCUAUAUUAAAUCUUGAUCGUAAUACAAUUCUUAAUAAUGUUGAAGAUACAUCAAAUAAAGUUAUUAAAAUUAUACAAUUAUUAGGUGAAAAUAAAACAUCUAUUCCUGAAAUUGAAUUUAUAUUAAAUAAUGAUGGUAAAAUCAAUACAAAAAUACUUCAAAAUAUUGAUUAUGAUAUUAUUAAAAUGAAAUUAAAAUCCAUUGGAAAUAUUGGUGAUAUAACUGAUCAAUUAGAUGUUGCACAACUUGUUGCUCGACAUUUAUGUACACGUUAUCGUUCACAACUUAUUUGUCUUAAACUUAAUAAUGAUAAUAUUAUCUAUGAUAAACCUGUUACAAAUAUACCACCAUCUUCAUCAUGGUGCUGUUCUAGUAAUCAUCGUAUAGUUUCUGCUAAACAACAACAACAACAACAACAACAACCAAUAUUAUCUUCGUAUGAAAAUGAUACAUUCAAGAAAAUUGUUACAUUUGCCAUGGCAUUUAUUAUUAAAACAUUAAAUAGUGAAACAGUUAAAGUUUCAUUAAAGGAAAAAUCUUCAAGAAAAGAUGCAUUAGCAACAACUUUAGUUUUAAUUGUAUGUCGUGCAUAUUUAAAUAUAGAUACAAAUCAUUAUUUAACAUUGGAUUUUAAACAUAUAAAUUUACCUAUCGAUUUAACAUUAAUUACUAAGAUGUUAGAAGAUUCACAACAAACAAUUAAUAAAGAAAAUAUAUCAUCUAUAAAAUGGAAUUUAUAUGAAUUUUUUCGAGCACCUGGUAUCUAUUAUCAUUCGGAUGGUGAUAUUGGACCAAUUCUUUAUUAUGGUACAAAUUCAUUAAUGAUACCAGAUAUAUAUGGUUAUCGAUUAGGAACAUUAGAAGAAGUUAAUGUAAUCAAAAAAUUAAAUCAAGAAAAUAAAUAA